CGAGUCUCCCUGUUUCAUCUCGGGAUGAUUUGCAGGGGGGAUUCGCGGCGCUGGGCUCGGCCGCCGUCCUUUCAUGAGCCUUGUUAGUGUGAGUUGCUUUAUGGCCGCAGUAAGUCCCCUGAUUAGGGGCUCCCGCUGAGCUGUCACUCGAGGGGCUGGGGGCUCCGAGGGGACAUGAAAGGAAACGUCCCAAAUCUCUGUUUCUUUCUUGUUUCUUCUUUUAGGGGAAAACGCAGCUUCCACUUCCAGGGUUUUCCUGGGGAAUGUGUUGGGGGUGGGGGAGAAGGGGGUGCUCCGAUGGGAGUGGGUGCAGACUCCCUGAUUACUUUGAGUUUUCUAGAAGGCGUUCAGGAGGUCGGAGCGGGGAGAGGAAACCUACCCCCCCCAAAAAAAAACAUAAAAAGAAAGCGAAAAAAAGCUAGGAAGCGAGAGGUGCCGAUUUGCAUUAUGUAAAUGAGACCUUUGUAAGGGCAUUGAGACUUGGGGUGUGAGGAAGCGGCAUCACCUGUUGGCUUUUCGGCGGGGCUCAGGGGUCCCUUCUCCGCCGGCUGAGGACGGACUGAGGGAACCGGGGGUUCCGGGCGGGGAAGGAGACUCCAUAGCGAGCCACUCCUCUCCGCAUCCCCUCUCCGGGAGGCCGAACCGUACCCUAACCUGAUGGGUCAGGCUUCGGCCUGGCGGGAGAAGCGUCGGGGACAGCCCAAGGAGGGCGAGAUCGAGGCCCAGGGGAAGCGUCGAAAGCGAGGAAGGUCGCCUUGGGCCUUCACCUCACCCCAUUGGCCCACGUUCUUCCCAUCGCCCUCCUCACCCCCAUCCCGUUCCCCCGAUUCCCUGGAAGACUGGGGUGGACAGCGGGCUCACCCAGGAGCCAUUUACACGGGUGGCAAAGGAGCCACAUGCUAAACGGAGAAUUCAGCGGGGCUAGCACAGAGCGCAUCCUCCAGCUGCUUUGACACGAACAAAGUGCGUGUGUGUGUGCGGGUGUGCGGGCGGGCGUGUUGCCCAGGCCCCCACCCGUCUAAGCUCACCCACAUGCUCUCUCUGCACAGAUACCGUUAGAUUCGCCAGGCACACAGGCGAGCACUGGCUAUUUACACUUCCGCACACCCACAUCCAUAAACACACUCAUCCAGAGCUGCCUGCCAAGCCGUCCACGCGCUCCCUGGCCGGCCUUUCUCCUAAACAAACGGAUCAGACGAAUAAACGCCCAUAAAUACCUCUCCGCUUAGAUAAGAACAUCCAGGCGCCCGAGACCCCGGCCGUCUCCCCCCGAGCGUCUGGUUCCAAUAUUUCCACAGGCGACUGGACAGAGGCGAGUCACAUUUGGGGAGUUAUUACGAUCAGAUAUAUUAUCAAUAUAUUACUAUGAUCCGAUUGAUUUGCGACAUAUUAUUAUGAUUAUUUUAUGUAGGCCUUUUUGGACAGUUCCAGCCAAUUCUGAUUUCUGAGAGGAAACAAAAUCCAUGCAGACUCCACAGAGAGGCAGAGAGAGGAGAGAGGAAGAAUCCUAGGGGAGAGCAAGUCCUUGGGCAUACCCCUCGGUCGUCUUUCCAAGAAAAGAAGGAAAAUAGGGAGCGUGGAGUGAGGGUCUUGGUGGUCUUUUUUGCCGUUUUCACAUCCCAAACCACCACUAUCGCCAUGCAGGACUGGUUCGGGUUUUGGAUAGUCACUCCUUCAUUCACUUAGAAGAACUCAAAUUCCAGUGUGAACGGGCGGGCCCAGACGAAUACUAGUCUGGUUUGGGGGUGUAUUAACGUUUUUUGAAUUCGAAUUAAAACCUCAUUAUUAUUAUUAUUAUUUUGUGUUGUUGGGGAGGGGAACGGAGAAAAACUUCCCCGAGAAGUACUGAACGCGGGACCACCCGAAAGUUGUUUUAGACCUUGGGAUCUGCGUUCCUCAAGCACCAACUUUCCCCCUCUCCCUUUCCCUCCUCUUAUUCAGCUUCUCUUCCACGUCCAAGCCGGUCCGGCUGGGUUUAUUUGGGCGAUGGACUCGGCCUUCCGCAAUGGUAUAGCCAGUUUAUACGCGCUUCUGGCGAGAGCAUUCCCCGACUCACUCUCAUCUUUACCCGUAAACAUAGAAUCUUUGAACUACAUUUCCCGAAAACAGAUCCCAGAUUCGAAGGCAUUUAGGACCUCCUGGGGAGCGGAGUUGGGGGGGGGGUAUUUAUAUCGAUAACUAGUUUUCCCUCGCCCUCGGCCCCACCGAUGGCCACACCAGCGACCCACGCCAGUCCACACGCAAUCCUCCCCGCGUGGAUAGGACGGAAAAUCUGACAGCAGACACCCUCGCAGUCGGGGAGAGAAAUACCUCAGACCGAUAGACUGCCCCAAGAAGGGUCUCCCCACUGAGAGUUUUUUUGGGGGAGGUUCGAUCUUUUUCAAAAUAAGCUGAAAAUAAGCACCAUGGUUUAGGGGGAGAGGUAGAAGUCGGGGGAGAGAAGUCUAAGGCGCUGCGGAAGGAAGGAAUUUGGGAAAACAGCUCGGCAGACACCAACCUCGGCUCAUUCGGUGUCUCCCCGCCCCCUUCCCCAGGACACACACCAGCCUGCUUGGGAAGAAUUUAUGGCCCGGGAUAUUUAGCCCCCUCUUCCUUUCCUCUAGAGUCUCCAGUCCAAGCCCGCAAGCCGCCCUCCUCCCUCCGAAAUCUCCCCAGCGGGGAUCGGGACGGGUCGGCCCUGGCCUCGGAGUCCCAGCCUUCGACAGGGAGAGAUGGAGGCUCCUCGGGUGGGGACGGACAGGCCAGAAGAAACGGCCCAGUUCUGGGAGAAGGAGCGGCGGCGGCCCCGUGCUACCCCUUGCCGGGACCCAUCACCUCCCUAAAUCGGCGUUCAGUGGCCCUCCAGCCCGACCGCUCGCCCGACCCGGCCCGGUCGCUCCGCCACACAAAGAGUUGACCGGGACUCCGCAGCGACCUGGCUUGGCUCGCGGGGGAGAUCCGGGAGCCAGAAAGACGGUUUUCCAAACCCGGGGCCGGUUUUCCCUUCUCUUACUGCUAGGAAAGCUAAUUAGACAGCUGAGCUCUGUGCUCGUCUCCUACCUUCAUUUAAAAGAAAUCAAACUGAAACCUCUCUCUCUCUCUCCUCUCUGUCUCUCUCCUGGGGGUGCUCUCGGCCUCGCCCCCACCUCUCGUGGGCGGGGGCCGGGAGAAGGGAAGGACCGCGGGGGUUAACUUUUCUGAAAACACAAUUAACUUUUCACCAUCCAGGCUUUUUUUUCCAUAUAUUUAUUUCAUUAUGGGGGAGGGAGGCGGGCGCUGGGAGUGAGUCGCCUUUCACAGCCCGACCACCCCUCCUCCUCACUCCCCCCUCCCCCUCUCCCCCCCAUUUCGACAGACGACUCUUUCGCAGCUCCUACGUAGGUGGGGUAGGGUGCGUUUCUGUUGUUGAAAAAAAAGAAAAGGUUGAUGGUUUGUGCGUUGGGGUCCCUCGUGCGGGCUCGACUCCUCAUGGGUGCUAUUUGGCAAUCCCAGGCUCUCGCUAUUGGUCAGUGUUUGAUCAUAUGCUUGUAUUUCCUUCUGUCCCUCACUGGCACCAAGCCAUCUCCCGUCAGCUAAAACCUAAUCUCGGAUAUACUACUAAUAGCCGAGUCCUCGGACUAGAAAACACAACAAAUCAUAAAGCCGGUGGCCAGGACGGCCGCUCUUCCCCCCGGGCUCCAAUGAGUUCCUAUUUCGUCAACUCUUCGUUCCCGGUUACACUGUCUAACGGGCAGGAGUCCUUUCUGGGACAGCUCCCGUUAUACUCUUCGGGCUAUGCGGACCCUUUAAGACACUAUCCGGCGGCGUAUGGGGCCGGCGGGGUCCAGGACAAGGGGUUCGCGUCCUCUUCCUAUUAUCCUCCGGCGAGCGGGGGGUACGGCCGGGCGGCGGCGUGCGACUACGGGGCCGCGGGCUUCUACCGGGAGAAGGAGCCCAGCUGCGUCCUGGCCGGCGGCGGCGAAGACACGGCCCCCUUCCUCCAGGAAGCCCGCAAGGCGGACUGCGUACAGGACAAGAACGGGUUCGGAGACGGCGACGAUCAAAAGUGCUCCACGCCCGUGUACCCGUGGAUGCAGAGAAUGAACUCCUGCAAUAGCUCCUCCUUCGGGCCCAGCGGCCGGCGCGGCCGCCAGACCUACACCCGCUACCAGACCCUGGAGCUGGAGAAGGAGUUCCACUACAACCGCUACCUGACCCGGCGCCGCCGCAUCGAGAUCGCCCAUGCCCUGUGCCUGACCGAGAGACAGAUCAAAAUCUGGUUCCAGAACCGGCGGAUGAAGUGGAAAAAGGAGAACAAACUUCUCAGCUCCUCGCAGCUUAGCGCCGAGGAAGAGGAAGAGAAGAGCGCCGAGUGAAGGAGCCGGAGAGAGAAGAAGGGACGAGGGGGUGCCCGCAGAGUGGGGAAAUAGGGGGAGGAGGGGAGGGGGCGGGCGACAGUCAUCGAAUCCCCGAGUCUGAUGGGGUGGUAAGGGGAUUCGCCCCCAAACCAGCUCCCAGAAAGUGUCAAGACUAAACCGCAACGCUGGACUCAACCUGCAGGGUCUCGUGUCAGUCACAAGCUGCUAGCCCCCAGCCCUCAAUCCCCAGCCCCCGCCCCCUCCCUCCCUCCCACGGGAGCCCCGUGGGUUUUCUGUGUGGUGUUUCUGGUUGGGAACAGAUAGUAACUCGCUAACUUUGUGUUUGCCGGAAGCGAUGCAAUCGGUCUUUUUGGUGUUUUCGUCUUCAUUUUUGUUCAGUGAUCUCUGCACGAUUGACUUCUCGAUUUCCCCUCGGGAAGGGGAGGGGGAGGGGACCUCUUCCUGGGCAAGGGGUCUGCCCCUCCGCCUCCCAGACCUGCGGUCCUCCUCCUCCUCCCCACCCUCCUUCUAAGCUCCUGAAAGGGACCGGGUCAACCGAGGAGGGAAAGGAGCCGCAGCAGCAGAAAAAAAAGUUUCUAUUUUAUUAA